AUGCCAUCAAAACGAACCAACGGACGAGAACAACACGCAAUAGAAAUCGAAGAUAUUAGGUAUGGAAAAAAAAGAACCGAACAGCAUAACAAUAUAUUUGAUGCAAUUAAACAAAAGAUCAGUGUGAAAGAACCAAAUCCUGAGGUUGAUAAUUCUGAUGAAGAGGAAGAAGUGGAAAUGAUGGUUAUCUCUGAUAAAGAGGCAUUAAAUA